UGUUGGGAGCGGAAUGUUGACAGCUUCUAUAGCAGGCUCUAUUUUCACGGCUCCACCAUCUGGCCGUAUUAUGCAUGCUUUUAAAUGCAUUGCAAGUGAAAGCAAAGCUGGUAUUCUAGUCGUAAUACCUAAUUAUACAGGUGAUUGUUUGAAUUUUGGUAUAGCAAUUGAAAAAGCAAAACUAUCGGAAAUUAUGGUGAAAGAAGUAAUUGUCGGCGACGAUUGCAGCAUUCCCGCAGAAAACCAGAGCAUUGCUGGUAGACGCGGCUUAGUAGGAAUGUUAUUUGUUAUCAAAAUCGCAAGUGCUCUUGCCGAAACAGGAGCUUCACUUGAUGAAGUGGCAGAACUCGCGACAUAUGUUUCUCAACACAUAGCGACUUACGGAAUUGGACUUUCUGCAUGCGUUGUACCAAUGACACUACAGCUCAAGAUACGCCAUAGGAUCCAGAAGAUUAGCCUUUCACUUAAUUAUGGAGUGCGAGAAAAGAACCUACAAUAUUAGAUGGGUUCCGAACCACUACAGAAGUGUACUGCUUCGAUG